AUGUCACUUCAAAUAGUCAAUUUACCAGAGUUUAGUUAUAAGUCAAAUACACAUAGAUCAUUGGAUCUUGAAAACUUCUUCAAAGAAUUUGAAAUGAAACAAUUCUUAGAAGAAUGCAAUUACUCAUAAUAAGAAUUAUAUGUUGAAUGCAGAAAAAUGAAAUAAUUCCAACAGAAACGCAAAUUAAAACUCAACCAUUAUAUAAAUAGUUAUUUAGAGUCACCCUCAAUAAUUAGUCCAGUUUAAUUAUUGCUUUGA